GACGCGGGGGCGUUUCCGGCGGAGGUGGCGGCUGCUUCUGUGUCCGUGGAGGUGGGCGUGAAGCCCCUCGGUGGGGUUUUGGCGAGCGAGGUCGUCUUGGUGUGCUGUGCAGCGCAGGCGGGGGCAGGCGGCGGGGAGUGACUUCACAUCUGAGACAUGGCUAUGGAUUGGCUAGGCAGUAUUGUGUCCAUCAACUGUGGAGAUAGCCUGGGCGUCUACCAGGGAAGAGUAUCAGCAGUGGAUCAGGUCAGCCAGACCAUUUCUCUUACUCGGCCCUUCCACAAUGGGGUGAAGUGUCUUGUACCAGAAGUCACUUUUCGGGCAGGUGAUAUUACAGAAUUAAAAAUUUUGGAGAUACCAGGUCCUGGAGACAACCAGCAGGUUGGAGAUCUUCAUCAGACAGAAUUAGGCCCUUCUGGUGUUGGGUACCAAAUGAGUAUCAGUCAGAAUGGAACAGGCAAAGUGGUCAAGAAGCCAGCCUCUUCCAGUAGUGCCCCUCAGAGCAUCCCUAAGAGGACAGAUGUGAAGAGCCAGGAUGUUGCCGUUUCUCCUCAGCAGCAGCAGUGCUCAAAGAGUUAUGUGGACAGGCACAUGGAAUCUUUGAGUCAGUCCAAAAGCUUCCGUCGUCGGCACAACUCCUGGUCAUCUAGUAGCAGGCACCCAAACCAGGCAACCCCAAAGAAAAGUGGUUUAAAAAAUGGCCAAAUGAAGAAUAAAGAUGAUGAGUGCUUUGGAGAUGAUAUUGAGGAGAUCCCAGACACAGAUUUUGACUUUGAGGGGAACCUGGCCCUUUUUGACAAGGCAGCUGUGUUUGAGGAGAUCGACACCUACGAGAGGAGAAGUGGCACCCGUUCUCGGGGUGUCCCAAAUGAACGUCCUGCUAGGUACCGCCAUGAUGAAAACAUCCUGGAAUCGGAGCCAAUUGUGUACCGUAGGAUCACAGUACCACACAGUGUGAGCAAGGAGUUCUGCACGGACUCUGGCCUGGUAGUCCCAAGUGUUUCCUAUGAGCUACAUAAAAAGCUGUUGUCUGUGGCUGAGAAGCAUGGGCUGACCUUAGAGCGGAGACUUGAGAUGACUGGUGUGUGUGCCAGUCAGAUGGCGCUGACUCUCCUUGGAGGACCCAACAGGUUGAAUCCUAAGAAUGUCCACCAGAGGCCUACAGUAGCUCUCUUGUGCGGGCCCCAUGUGAAGGGGGCUCAGGGUAUCAGUUGUGGGAGGCACCUAGCCAACCAUGAUGUGCAAGUCAUCCUCUUCCUGCCCAACUUUGUCAAGAUGCUGGAGUCUAUUACCAAUGAACUGUCUCUCUUCAGCAAGACCCAAGGUCAGCAAGUGUCUAGCCUAAGAGAUCUCCCUGCUAGCCCUGUGGACCUGGUUAUCAACUGCCUGGAUUGUCCUGAGAAUGCCUUCCUGCGGGAUCAGCCCUGGUACAAGGCAGCUGUGGCCUGGGCCAACCAGAACCGGGCACCAGUGCUCAGCAUAGACCCUCCUGUGCAUGAAGUUGAACAGGGCAUUGAUGCUAAAUGGUCCCUGGCACUGGGCCUGCCUCUGCCACUCGGGGAGCACGCCGGCCGAGUCUAUUUGUGUGACAUUGGCAUUCCCCAGCAAGUCUUCCAGGAGGUUGGCAUCAACUACCACUCACCCUUUGGCUGCAAAUUUGUCAUUCCCCUACACUCUGCCUAGAGGGGCUCUGGGCAGCUGGACCCUGUAUUCCCUGCACUCCUGCCGCCAAACCCACUAAGGGACGCCUUAAGGAUGUGAAGCUUUGUGGACCUUGUAGACUAUCUCUUGGGUUUGUUUCUUCUGUGAGAGAACAAAAUAUACUUCAAACUUGCCUGCCACCUUCCCUUAAGCAGGGAAGGCUUUCCCACUGGCAUGUAUGUCAGGGGUGGACCAUUGGCUCCAGGCAUCUUUCUAUCCUAGCCUGCCUCCAUUCAACUGGAGCUUUGUUUACAGACAUAGGCAGCUCUAAGACUGUGUCAGGUUUACAGCCACUGCGCGUGGGCUGGCACAUUGCAGGGGUGGGCUGGCACCUGUUAGGGCCUCCAGCCACUCUUAUUUCAGAAGGCUUUAUGUCUCCUAUGCUUCCUCUGGCCCUACUACCAGGCAGCCCACUCGUCCUGUAAUCAUGCAGAUCAGGCUGCAUGACAGCUAGCCAGAAGACAAACCUGUGUGUUUCUCUGCUUUCCCCCAAGACUACAGAGUUUGGAAACUUUGGACCCUCCUCAAAUGUUCCAGUUUUAUGUUGGAACUUUUCCUGAGGCGUGUGUAAGGGUGACAACUGUGGUGAGACUUUGGACUGGCUGCUCUGUUCUCAUCUUUAGCAGUUUUGUGCCUGUCAAGCUACAAUGCCCAUCUCCUAGUUAGGAACCAGACCUUCAGGAUGCAGCUUUUCAGUACUGGGGAGACCCUGGGGGAGCUUGGUGCUGAGCCAGAGGAGGCCCCUGGUGCUUAGGUCCUACCGUCAUUUCCUACCUCCUCGUCCAUAAAUACUACUUCCUGUCUGCCCCUUUCCUUGUCUCUAGAAAUGGCCCUUUUCACCUAUCCCAAGACAGGUUACAUGUCCCCCUCCUGCCAUGGCUUCACUUCAGUUCUUAGGUUUAGGCUUUAAUCCAUUAUAGUUGCCCUCCUCAGGUGUGCAGACUUAGAACAGUGGCCUGUCUCAAACAUGCCAAAACUGAGCCCAGUUCUAGAUGACAGUAGUGGGACUCAGCCAUGGGAACAUCGCACUGCUCAGGUCCCACCUAGGGCAUUAUCCUCAGGAUCUUCCUAGGCUUGGGGCCUCAGCAGAGACCUUUAUAAAGGUCUUGUCUUUGAAGCUUUUCCCCACUGUGCCCAUCACUGGCUGAGGGGUAUAGGUAGACAGGCAGGUGGGCUCGCUAAAAUGUUUGGGUACAGAGUAAACCCUGGUACCAUGAAAUUUUCAGGCUGUUCUUUUGUAGGAACAGGGCCAGGAACAGACGGCGAUAGCCUUUCCUUCUAUUCUCUUUAGUUAUCUCCAGCUCCAGGAAAGAGGCCAGAGGACCGGGAGCCUCAGCUGCACGUCAGUACGUUAGCUUUUAAGCUGGGCUUCUUUUUCUAAAGGCAGGGUUACAAUUGGGACAGCAGGCAGCCACUACAGGCUACUAGACACGCAUAAAAUGGUAGAACUCUGGUCCUGAAGAUGGUUAGCAUUAGGCAGUUCUCCCUGUUCUUGGCCUGGACCUGCCUAGAGUUGAGAGUGUGUUAUUCCUACCUGCAGCUCUUUUUUGGAAGUUCCUGCUGGUUUCAGUCAGGUGGUCAACUUUGUCACUAAUGCAUGCAGCUCUUGGGAAACCCAAAGCCAGCGCAAUAAAGUGACAGAAAUCUGUGCUAUCUAAA